AUGUCGUUAAUAAAUACUAAAGGCGGCGAUAAAGACCAAGAUGAGAAACUUUUGAUGCCAUUCACAUAUAUUCAGCAAGUACCAGGAAAGCAAAUUAGGACAAAACUCACCUUAGCCUUUAAUUAUUGGUUAAGAGUAAGUGAUGAAAAGCUCCGAGCCAUUGGGGAGAUAGUGCAGAUGUUACACAAUUCCAGCUUAUUAUUGGACGACAUACAAGACAACUCAAUUUUACGAAGAGGUAUUCCUGUGGCUCAUUCCAUCUACGGUAUUGCGAGCACUAUUAACGCUGCCAACUAUGUCGUUAUCAUAGCACUCGAGAGGACUUUAAGGCUUGAUCAUCCACUGGCUACAACAGUGUAUACAGAACAGCUACUGGAAUUGCAUCGCGGUCAAGGCAUCGAGAUCUACUGGCGAGAUAACUUUCAAUGUCCCACGGAGGAUGAGUACAAGGAGAUGACAAUGAAAAAAACCGGUGGUCUUUUUAUGCUCGCAAUUCGACUUAUGCAACUAUUUAGCGAUAACAAAUCGGACUUUACCAAACUGUCCUCGAUACUAGGCUUGUACUUCCAAAUAAGAGACGACUACUGCAAUUUGUGUUUUCAAGAGUAUUCUGAAAACAAAAGCUAUUGUGAAGAUCUAACAGAAGGCAAAUUCAGUUUUCCCAUCAUCCACGCGAUACAGAAUCAGAAAGGCGAUAAUCAAGUACUUCACAUACUGCGUCAACGCACACGCGAUGUUGAAGUGAAGCGCUAUUGUAUUUCCCUGUUAGAGAGAUUUGGGAGUUUCCAGUACACUCGGGACUGCUUGCAAGAACUUGAUAAUGAAGCCAGAGCUGAGGUUAGACGCUUGGGAGGCAAUCCUCACUUAGAAGAUUUGUUAGACGAGUUGCUAAGUUGGCGUCGGGACACAAAACCUCCGCUAAGUGAAGAA